AUGGACUCACUCCCUUCAAUUUACUACGUCGUAGCAUGGCUAGCCAUUAUAGCACUCAUGCAUGUGGCUCGUUGGCUGCGACGUCCUAACAACCUCAACACUUCCCCAGGACCAAAGCCAUGGCCAAUUAUUGGUAACCUUAACCUCAUAGGCACCCUCCCUCAUCGUUCCAUCCAUGAUCUUUCCAAAAUAUAUGGAGAAAUCAUGCAGCUUAAAUUUGGCUCGUAUCAUGUCAUAGUUGCUUCAUCGGCAGAGAUGGCAAAAAUCAUCCUUAAAACACAAGAUAUUAGCUUUGCAUGCAGGCCUAAAACGGCUGCAGGAAAAUAUAUGACUUACAAUUAUUCAGACAUAACAUGGGCUCCUUAUGGAGCAUACUGGCGCCAAGCACGUAAGAUGUGUUUAAUGGAGCUCUUUAGCGUGAAACGUCUAGAAUCUUAUGAGUACAUUAGAGUUGAAGAAACAAACUUAUUAUUGAAAACAAUAUUCAAUUUGUCUGGUAAAGAGAUAUUGUUAAAAGAUAUGUUAUCCACAGUUAGUUUGAAUGUGAUUAGUAGGAUGGUUUUGGGUAAAAAGUACUUGGACGAGUCUGAAGACUCAAUUGUUAGUCUAGACGAGUUUAAGAAGAUGUUAGACGAGUUACUUUUGUUAAAUGGGGUGUUUAAUAUUGGUGAUUCAAUACCCUGGAUUAAUUUCAUGGAUUUGCAAGGGUAUGUUAAAAGAAUGAAGAGUGUUAGUAAGAAAUUUGAUGGGUUUUUGGAGCAUGUGCUAGACGAACAUAUCGCGCAACGGAAGGCCAAGGGGGACAAGUUUGUGGCUACGGACAUGGUGGAUUUGUUGUUGCAGCUUGCUGAUGAUCCUGGUCUUGAUGUUAAGCUUGAGAGACAUGGUGUCAAAGCUUUUACACAGGACUUGCUUGCUGGUGGAACCGAGAGUUCAGCUGUUACAGUCGAAUGGGCCAUUUCCGAAAUAUUUAAGAAGCCAGAUAUAUUCCAAAAGGCAACCGAAGAGCUAGAUCGGGUCAUUGGCAAAGAUAGGUGGGUUGAAGAGAAGGACAUGCCUAAACUACCUUAUAUCGAGGCGAUUGCUAAAGAGACAAUGAGGUUGCAUCCCGUGGCACCAAUGUUGAUUCCUAGAAGAACUCGUGAAAACUGUAAAGUAGCUGGUUACAAUGUUCUAGAAGGAACGCGGGUGAUUGUUAAUUUUUGGACAAUAGGAAGAGAUCCUAAGUAUUGGGAUAAACCUGAAGAAUUUUAUCCAGAACGAUUCAUUGGAAAGGAAAUUGAUGUCAAGGGUCAUAAUUACGAGUAUUUGCCAUUUGGUUCGGGACGAAGAAUGUGCCCGGGGUUUAGUUUAGGAUUCAAGAUUAUCGAAGCGACUCUGGCUAAUUUGUUACAUGGAUUUAACUGGAAACUUGCUGGUAAAUUGACCACAUAUGAUCUUGAUAUGGACGAGAUAUUUGGACUAUCAACACCAAAGAAGAUCCCACUUGUCACCAUAGCAGAACCACGACUCCCACUAGAAAUGUACCCUAUCUAG